AUGGACGACUUUGGCGAUGGCUUAGAGCUAGUGUAUCCAGGCACCGGUGUCGCUGACCCGACUACUACACCGACGUCUGAACGUGCCACCCGACGGCAGCAAUCAAGGCAUGAAAUGUGCUUCCUGGACUUGCCUCGUGAACUGCGAGACCUUACAUAUGCUCAGGCUCUGAAGAAGGAUAGAGCAGUCAGAAUCGGGUUCAAGUACGACUGCUUAUAUACCGAAGCAUAUGCCCAGCGUCAAGAAGAACAGCGGAAAGCAAGGAUCAAAGCGAGGACUAAAUCGCCACACCAAGGCAUCUACCAAGCGAGCACAUCUCCUGAUGAUGUCCUGCUAGUGCGUUGGAUGAGGUGGAAAGAACAACUUCCAGCGAUGGCAUUUGCCUCGCCACUCCUGAAGGAGGAAGUCCUGACAGCGUACUACCGCCUCAACUCCUUCAAAUUCCACUUGAGAAACUUCGUCGAUAAACGUCUCUGCGCUGAGUGGAUCCAUAACAAGGCUGUACUAUUGAAGGAUCUGAAUCAUGUCGACCUGUACGGUACUCACGUUGGUCCCGUUGCUCACGGCCGAGCAGGACUAUGGGAAAGGCUCCCACGAAGUUGCCUCUCCACGAAGUGCAAUUGUACUAAAGUGGACUGGUUCAACAAAUACAUCGACACAGACACUGGUCGCGGGCUUUGCGGGCAACUACUGCCUGACGGCCUCGACGAGCACGGUGUGGCUGGUACGCUCCUACGUAUCUGCGAGAUCUCGGAAGCUACCGAACAAGCCCGUCAGGCAAUGGACACCGGACGCGAGACAUUUGAUAACCGCAUCUUGUGGACAGACCAGCCUUACAAGGCAGAUGGAAUAUGCGGGAUAUGUGCCAAGGAAAGACCAUAUGUUGUACUGAAUGCUCAGACCGGACGCUACAGGACACUACAAUAG